AUGAGGCCGACACGUGGCUGUGACCGGAGGCAGAGCCUGCCCAGCCUGGGGCUGCUGCUGCUGCUGUGGAAGGUGAGUGGCCAGCCGCCGCCGUGCCCUCCGCAGUGCGGCGGCCGCCCGUGCCCGGCAGAGCCGCCCAGCUGCGCCCCGGGAGUGCCCGCCGUGCUGGACGGCUGCGCCUGCUGCCUGGUAUGCGCCCGGCAGCGCGGGGAGAGCUGCUCCGAGCUGCAGCCCUGCGACCAGGGCAGCGGCCUCUACUGCGACCGCAGCGCCGGGGCCGGGCAGGGCAUCUGCGUGGUGCUUGAAGGAGACAGCUGUGUGUUUGAUGGGGUUAUUUAUCAGAGUGGGGAGACAUUCCAGCCCAGCUGUAAAUACCAGUGUGCCUGCAGAGAUGGACAGAUUGGCUGUGUGCCCCGCUGUAACCUUGACCUGCUGCUCCCUGGUCCUGAUUGCCCUUUCCCAAGGAAAACUGAAGUCCCAGGAGAGUGCUGUGAGAAAUGGACUUGUGACCCUAAAGAGGAAGUGACCUUGGGCAGUUUUGUGAUGGCUGCAUAUAGAAAAGAAUCAGCUCUUGGAACUGAUGCCUCUGACUCGCGUUCCAACUGUAUUGAGCAGACAACAGAAUGGAGUUCAUGUUCCAAAAGCUGUGGAAUGGGCUUUUCUACCCGCAUUACAAACAGGAAUCCUCAAUGUGAGAUGGUGAAGCAGACACGACUCUGCAUGGUGCGACCUUGUGAGAGUGAACAGCUGAUUGAUAAGAAAGGGAAAAAGUGUGUCCGAACAAAGAAGUCAUUGAAAGCUGUUCACUUUGAGUACAAGAACUGCACUAGUAUACAGACCUAUAAACCCCGCUAUUGUGGGCUCUGCACUGAUGGACGAUGCUGCACGCCACACAACACCAAGACAAUCAAGGUUGAGUUCCAGUGUCCCCAGAGCAAAGCCUUCAAAAAGCCAAUGAUGCUGAUCACUACCUGUGUCUGUCAUAACAGCUGUCCCCAGGACAAUGUUUUCUUCCAACUGUUGGAGCCAGUGUUCAGUGGAGUAAAAAUAUGAAAUGCUUAAACCAGGUUACUUUUUAAAAAACUUUAAAAUGUUUGAACAGUUUAUAUGAAACUUAACCCAUGAUCAGAUGAAUGUAAUAUAUCCGGUCUCUUUCUAAACUCGUAUCAUUUCUUUCUGUAGUCAAAUAACUCACCCUAUACUUUAGGGGAGGAAAAAAUGUAUUUCACUAACUUGGAGACAGUUCAAUUUCCUGGAAUAUAGUUUCAUCUUUAAUGUAAAGAUGAGUAAGCAAAUGACCAAUUUCUCUCCUCCUUGGGAAAUUAUGCCAUUGACCUCAGUGGCAACAGGAUCAGUGCCCUUUAUCAUGCAUUUAUUAAAAAAUCCUCUUCCUGCUACUUUA